AUGUCUGAACCAGCUCAAGCCCCUUUGGGCCGGGGGCUGCCCCCCGACAUGCUGGCAGAGCAGGUGGAACUGUGGUGGUCCCAGCAGCCAAGACGCUCCUUGCUGUGCUUCAGCGUCGCUGUGGGCCUUGUGGCAGGCUGUGGGGCAGGUGGCGUGGCCCUGCUGUCCUCCACCAGCAGCCGCUCUGGUGAGUGGCGCCUAGCAACAGGCACUGUGCUCUGCCUACUGGCCCUGCUGGUUCUGGUGAAGCAGCUGAUGAGCUCAGCUGUGCAGGACAUGAACUGUAUACGCCAGGCCCACCACGUGGCCCUGCUGCGCAGCGGUGGAGGGGUCGAUGCCCUGGUGGUGCUGCUCAGUGGUCUCGUGCUGCUGGUCACCGGCCUAACCCUGGCUGGACUGGCUGCCGCCCCGGCUCCUGCUCGGCCACUGGCCGCCAUGCUGUCUGUGGGGAUUGCCCUGGCUGCCUUGGGCUCGCUCUUGCUGCUGGGCUUGCUGUUAUAUCAGGUGGGCGUGAGUGGACACUGCCCUGCUACCCGUGCAGCUGCUCCCUCAACCCAUAGUGGUCAUGGUGGCAAUAGCAGCAUCUUCAGCAUCUCAGGACAGUUGUCUUCUGGCCAGCGUCAUGAAACCACCUCCAGCAUCGCCAGCCUCAUCUGA